AUGACGUCCACGCGCAAGUUCUGCUGCGACGACCUGUUCCGCUUCAACAACGUCAACCUGGACGUGCUGACGGAGACGUACAACAUGUCGUUCUACCUGCAGUACCUGGCCAAGUGGCCCGACUACUUCCUGGUGCAGGAGGACCCCAACAACACCAUCAUGGGCUACAUUAUGGGCAAGGCUGAGGGCCAAGGCACCAACUGGCACGGACAUGUGACGGCGGUGACGGUCGCCCCCGAGUUCCGCCGGCUCGGACUGGCCAAGAAGCUCAUGGACUACCUGGAGAACGUGUCGGUGGAGCUCUACGACGGCUACUUCGUGGACCUGUUCGUGCGCGUCUCCAACUCGCUGGCCAUCGGGAUGUACGAGAAGUUCGGCUACUCGGUCUAUAGACGUGUGCUCGGGUAUUACUCAAGCGCAGACGACGGGGAAGACGCAUUCGAUAUGAGGAAGGCGCUGCCUCGAGACGUCCACAAGAAGUCCAUCAUACCACUGAAGCACCCGAUCACACCAGAUCAGCUGUAG